AUGUCUAGAUUUGGAUUCAUGUCUAGAUUCCAAUCGAGACGACCUGACACUGAUGUGGAGAUGGGUCAGAGUUUGAUUGAGAUAAGGAGUAGUACGGAUGAUGUAAAGGCUCACAAGUAUAAGGUGCCUCUGGCAAAGUUAAGUGUCAGUCUUAAAGAGCCAACAAAGGAGGAGCUCAAUCUUAAGCGUCCAACAUUGCCAAUGGCCUACAAGAUGAUGCAAGCACUGAUACCAUACUAUUGGACCAAGAACUCUUUCGGUCUAAAACUACGAGUCGUCAUCUCUGUCUCCAUUAUAUUCUUAUCCAAAGGUAUUAACCUUUAUGUUCCACAAUUAUUUAAACAAAUGAUAAAUACAUUACCAAACUCAGUACCAAUAAGCUUGAUACUGUUAUAUGCCUUGUUGACAUUGACUCAAAAGAGUAUAUGGGAUCUUAGAGAUUUGAUAUUCCAAGAGGUCAGUAAUGGUGCCACGCGUAACGUCUCGCUCGAGACAUUCGACCAUCUACAUCGCAUGUCACUCUCGUUCCACUUGAGCAAGCGCACUGGUGGUCUGAUAAAGAUUGUCGAACGUGGCACCAACAGCAUCGUCAGUCUGCUGUCAUUGAUGCUGUUCAACAUCUUCCCAACACUGCUGGAACUAUUCACCGUGACAACCUUCCUGUUGUUCUCAUAUGGCUUCUACUUUUCUGUGAUCAACCUGUGCAGCUGCGCCCUGUACAUUGCCUUUACGCUCAGUGUCACAGAGUGGCGCAAUCAAUAUCGUCGACUGACCAACAAGAAGGAGCACGAAGCGUCCGACAUUGUCGUGGACUCGCUGACCAACUUUGAGACGAUCAAGUACUUCACGUCCGAGUCCUACGAACGCUCGCGCUAUCGCGAGGCACUGCUUCAGUUCCACGCAAUCAGCCAGCAGGCCAAGACAUCAAUGGUGGCACUCAACUCUGGCCAGGCUGCGAUCAUCAUCUUGGGCUCAACGAUGGGCCUCAUCUAUGCGACUUACAUGUGCUCGCUGGGCGCUCUCUCGAUUGGAGACAUCAUUGCCAUCAACACUUACAUCUAUCAGAUGUUCCAGCCACUGGCGUGGCUCGGCAGCAGCUAUCGUAUGAUCAUUCAAGCCUUCACCGAUAUGGAGAACCUCAUGGAUCUCCUCAACACGCAUCCAGAUGUUGCCGACGCUCAAAACGCUGUGCCCCUGCUCUACACGUCGGCCAGUCACGAGCUACCAUCGAUCGAGUUCAACAAUGUCUCCUUCUCCUACAAGGCUCAGAAGAAGUUGUUGGACAACAUCUCGUUCAGAGUGCCCGCUGGCAAGUCUGUGGCCAUUGUCGGUCCAACAGGUGGUGGUAAGAGCACCAUCUUUAGACUGCUGUGCCGUUUCUAUGACGUUGAGGAGGGAGAGAUUGUCGUCGGCCAACAGGACAUUCGUUCAGUGACCCAGGUAUCAUUGCGCAGUGCGAUUGGCGUCGUGCCCCAGGACACUGUACUCUUCAACGACACAAUCGCCUUUAACAUUGGCUUUGGUAAUCGUGACUGCUCCAACGAGGAGUUGAUCGAUGCUGCGCGUCGCGCUCAGAUCCUCGAGUUUAUCGAGAAGUCACCCGAGGGCUUCAUGACCGUGGUGGGCGAGCGUGGUCUUCGUCUGUCCGGCGGUGAGAAACAACGUGUGGCAAUCGCCAGGACCAUCCUAAAGAAUCCACCCAUCCUGAUCCUGGACGAGGCCACCUCUGCACUGGACUCUAUCACCGAGAAGAAGAUCCAGCAGUCGCUCACAGACAUCUCCAAGGGCAGGACCACACUGAUCAUCGCUCAUCGUCUCUCUACAAUCAUUCACUGUGAUGAAAUCCUUGUACUAAAGGAGGGUAGGAUCGUUGAGAGUGGCAACCACCAUCAACUGCUUUCCAAAGGUGGAGAAUAUGCCAGUCUUUGGAAUCAACAAUUGGAGCAUCCAGAUAACGUUCAAUCUUCAUCACCUUAA